GUCCAAUUGAUGGAAUCAUUGGCUCGAUUCCCUGCAAUUUUUGUCCGUACCCAAAUUAACGAAGACGCCCCAAUCCGGCCCUGGAGGAGUCCGCUUGGAGGCCGACGGAUCCCGCGGCGAGAUGGCGGCUGCCAGCGGCGACGGGGAAGGCGAAAUCCACGUGGUGGAGGUGGCGGAGGAGUCGUCGUCCGCCGACGAGAUCUCCCCCCUCCUGGCGGUGGAGGGUGCCAAUAACAAGCCCCCCAGAAUGACCAUCUUCUCCGUCUCCUGUCCCCGCAGGAAACCCCCCAAGGAACCGACAUGUAGCGUGACAGAUCCAGAGAUUACUUUUCUUAAUCAGAUCGUUUCGUGGAUAUGGAGUGGGUCUAGACACUCUGGACUGCUAUGCGUGGCGUCAUCUUCAAUUAUCUAUUUCGUAAUGGAUGUUUUGCUAGGCAUUUUCCCAGUCAGAUCAGCUCCAAUAUAUCAGACUGUAUUUACAAGAUGUACAAUACUCUUGAUCAUGUCACUUAUGUGGUUGAAAAGAACUGGGCAACCACUCAUACUACCAACACAUGCAAGGAAUGUACUAGUUCUGAGAUCCUUAACUGGGUUUGUUUCAUUGCUGAGCUUCAUCUAUAGUGUCCAAAAUCUACCUGUAUCCUAUGCAGUUUUACUGAACUUUGCAACCCCAAUAAUGGCAUCAAUUGGAGCAAUGAUCAUUUUACAGGAGAAGUUAUCUCUUUCACAUAUUGGAGGUUUAACUUGCAGUUUUAUUGGUCUCCUGUUGAUUCUGCAACCUAUUCUUCUUUCAAAAGGGAGUUUGACUGAGACUUUUCAGAUGGACACUGUUGUCACUGAUAGAGGAAAGGAUGUUAUUUUCUCUAUUUUUGUUGGUAUAUUUUCAACAAUUCUGGGUGGAGUUAGCUACUGUCUCAUACGUGCUGGUGCCAUGGCAUCUGAUCAACCUGUGUAUACAGUUUUUUCAUUUGCGAUACUUGCUUGUCCUCUCUCAGCCAUAUGCAUUUUGAUAUUUCAGGAAUUUGUUCUUCCUAAUCUUUUCACUUUUCUUCUGAUGAUGGUGCUAGGUGUAUUAGCAUUCUACGCUGAGAUCCUUUUGGCACGUGGACUUCAGCUCGAGAGGAUUGCCAAAGUCACAAACAUUCAGUACAUAAAGGUGCUCUUAUGGCAGCUGUGGAGCAUGACCUUCUUGGGUGCUGCUCCAUCAUCUUAUAAACUCAUUGGAUGUUUGCUCAUUUUAGCAUCGGUCUGCGGCACUGCUUAUAUGGGACCCGAGAAAGAAAACGAAUGAUUGAGGCUGCGUCAAUUUAGAAGUUCAGUCGAAUCUCUGUAAUCAACCAUUCUUCUCAUACUGAAGCCUUCAAAUAUAUAUGCUGGUCUAAGAUGUGUUUGAUGCA